UAAUUUCUGUUGCUGGAAUUUUAAUUAUUUUAUUCUUGAGUAACUUGCCAAGCAUAUUUAAAUAUUGAUGUUGGCAGAUGCAAACUUCGCAAUCAAAUGUGGUGGCCCAGAGAUUAUUGUGGAUGGGAUAACAUAUGAGGCUGAAACCUCUUAUCUUGGCAUAACAUCAUCUUAUGUAAUCCCUACUGAGAAAUGGGCAGUUAGCAAUGUGGGUUCAUUUACUGACAGAAAUAAUCAACCCUACAUGCAAAACAAAUUGGAACGAGUGAGAAACACAAACUCGACGGAGCUUUAUCAGACUUCGAGGAUAUCCACUGGAUCCCUCAGAUACUAUGGCUUAGGCCUAGCGAAUGGGCCUUAUACGGUUAACUUGCAUUUUGCGGAAACAGUUUUCAAUGAUCCAAGCAGUCAUACUCUGGAGAGUCUGGGAAGGCGAGUUUUUGAUAUUUAUAUUCAGGGAACCAUCGUAUUGAAGGAUUUUGACAUAUCAAAAGAGGCAGGUGGGGUUGACAGAGCGAUGACUAAGAAUUUCAUUGCUACUGUGACAGAGAACCAUCUUGAAAUUCACCUAUUCUGGGCUGGUAAUGGAACACACUGCAUGCUAACAUCAUCACUUGAGGGUAACUAUGGACCAUCCAUUUCAGCAAUCAAUGUGGUAUCAAAUUUCACACCAAAGAAGAAUAGGACUGGGUUGAUUAUUGGUGUUGCAGUUCCUGUCGGAGUUGUCACCUUCACCUUGAUAUUGAUAUUUGUAGUCUUCUACUUGAGAAGGAGAAAUGAUGAUGAUGAGAAAGGUAAGAGUCCUAAAAACUUUGAGAAUGAUAAGAGUGGGACUCCUAUGCACGCAAGCAAGACCGAUGAUGCGACCACCCAUGUCAAGGGUUAUAGCUAUGCUUGUUGGGGAUAUCGAGAGCACAGUGAUAACAAGAACAAGAAUGAUCUUAAUCAAAGGAUAAAGCUGGUGUCUUCUCCAUUAAACAACACCGAAUUCAGUGACAUUAUUGCUGAAGGAAGGUGAGAAACAUUUUUCCUUAAAAGCUCCAUUUUGCCACUUCUCCUGCUUUGCCCUCCGCUACAUACUUUCUAGCUCAAUAAAGUAGAUACUGAAAU